UAUUAAUUCAGCUGCACAUCAUCAAUUAGAUUUAUGUCUAAAAGUGUUCAUAGAACAUGCGUGUUAUUCUAAACUUUCUAAUUGUCAACAAUUUGUUCAAUAUGCACAUAAUAUUUUAGAAUCAAUUAUUGACAAUGCAGAUGAUGAUGAUACAGUAACAAAAUGUAUUACAUUAUGUUCAUUGAUAGAUAAAAUGUUAUCAAAAUAUAGUGUGAAAGUUUAUCAAUGGAUUAAACAAAUUUGUAAAACAUUUGAACAAGAACAGAAUGAUUAUUUGGAUGGGACAGGCAUAUUGAAUGAACGUUUAAUGUCAAUAACGCGAGCAAAUUUUAUUAAGAGACUGAUGGAAAUGAAGUUCUAG